UCACCACAAUUUGACAAAAUGAAACUUGAACAUAGCGUGGAAAACCACUCGUUGUGCACGGAACAAAUGAAUGGGAGUGUUCUUCGUUUCUGCAAUUACGCUCCGAUGAUCGCAUCAACGAAUGACGAAGUCUGCUCCAUUGACCAUUUUCACAUGGACAACCAAAUAUCACGAGUCGAGUGUCCGCGUGAGCCUUACUACGAGGAUGCGAAACCUCUGCAACUGCUGAACCUGGAUUUGCAGAGCAAGGCGAAGAGCGAGAUUCACAAUUGGAAUAUCGAUAUCGAAGAUCCGUGCAACAAGUCGUAUUACAGUAGUGACGAAGAGAUGAAACCCGACUACAACAGUUGGAUGAGAAAACCGAUUGAGUACUGGGAUACGUCAGAGACAAAAAGUUGGCUUCUUUCGAGUUUCCUGACAUUAGGUAUUCACUAUGAAAAACUUUGCACUGUUGCCGAGGAAUUUUAUAUGCCAGGAAAUGAACUCCUACGAUUAUCGCUACAAGAUUUCAUCAACCGUGAUCACGUCAACGGAAGAAGACUUUACGAAAUGUUACAGGAGCACCGCGACAUGAAAUAUCACGCAUACUCGUUCACAAAAUGUCCACCACAAUGUUCCGACGAUGAAACAUCCGUUACUAUCAGCCAAAAUUAUUCCGACGAAGAAUCGGUGAUCAGUACGGAUUAUAUUAAAAAACGACAACCCGGAAGGCCUCGAAGUUUGAAUACCAAACUAAAACCUGCAGCCAAUCACAAAAGCGAGAAACUUUGGGAAUUUGUGAGGAACUUGCUACUCAAUCCGGAGUUUUGUCCGCAAUGGAUACGCUGGGAAAAUUACGAAAAGAAGAGAUUCCGUUUUGUGAAAAGUGACUGCGUAGCGAAAAGGUGGGGAUCGCGUAAAGACAAUCCAGACAUGACUUACGAAAAAUUCAGCCGUGCGAUGAGAUAUUACUACAAAAAAGAUAUAUUCGUUGCUGUCCAAGGUAGGCGUCUCGUUUAUCAAUUUGGUUCUAAAGCGACGGGCCUAGAAACGGACGAUCCGAAUUUCAAAAAGACCAUGAUGAGUAACUCAAAUUGUUAAAACAGGUGAAUCAUUCCCCACAUAAAGCGAUCCUUACUUAAUUUAUAGAUCAAUAAUUUUUUUCAUUUAAUUUAUUAUCUUUCCAUCUGCCUCUCCACGUAACGAAAAAUCUUCACGCAUCAUUCUAUGUACAUCACAUAUAUCAUUUUAUACGAUAUGAGGCUAUAAUUUUACGUAAGCGUAUAUUACAUAAGGAUAUAGAUUCGACGGUAUUGUAUUAUAUUAUACAG